CUCCUCCUUCAGCUUUGUGACCAGCCGCCACCGCCCUGCUUGAGCCAUUUUCGACCCUCCUAAAUCCUACAGUCCCAGUCAUCGCCAUCCUCCUGUGCGGUGAAACCCCUUCAUAAACAGACAGACGAGCGGAACCUCGUGCUCGGCACGCAUUGCGCAACACGACUGAGGCAAGAUGAGCUUCCGAGGGUUUUCAAAGAGUAUAUCGCGGGCACCGCAGCAGUUCAAGUCCAAAUUCAACAUCGGCGAGCACACAAAAGAUGCCGUCUUCAUUGACGCGGAACGGCGCUUUCAAGAGCUGGAGACCGAGACCAAGAAGCUCCACGAUGACAGCAAGAGGUACUUCGAUGCCAUCAACAACAUGCUCAACCACCAGAUCGAAUUCUCCAAAGCCAUGACCGAGAUAUACAAACCCAUCAGCGGCAGAAUGUCAGACCCAGACUCUCUCGUCAUUAGGAGCAACCCCGAAGGCGUUCAGGCUUGCGAGGAGUACGAGGCCGUCGUGAAAGACCUGCAAGAGACACUAGCACCUGAGUUGGAAAUGAUCGAGAGUAGGGUGAUUCGACCUGCCAACGAGCUGCUGGACGUCAUCAAGAUCAUCCGUAAGCAGCUGGUCAAGCGAGAGCACAAGCAGCUAGACUACGAUCGACACCGGGCGACCCUGAAGAAGCUGCAGGAUAAGAAGGAGAAGUCCAUGAAGGACGAGAAGGCCACGUGGAAGGCCGAGGGGGACGUGGAGCAGGCCACACAGGAGUACAACUACUUUAACGACCUGCUGAAGGAUGAGUUGCCCAAGUUGUUCGUCCUGGAGAGGGAGUUUAUCCAACCCCUCUUCCAGUCGUUCUACUAUAUGCAGCUCAACAUUUUUUACACGCUCCACGAGAAGAUGCAGGCCUGUGAUAUCGGCUAUUUCGACCUCACACGAGAUAUUGAGGAAGCCUUCUUCGCCAAGCGUGGCGACGUCCAGGAGCAGGCCGAGAAGCUCUCGAUUGUCAAGUUCAAGACAACCGGGCAGAAGAGGCCUCCUAAAUACCAGCCAAAGCCCGCCCUUGGAAGUUCCACGCAGCCAGCAGGUCUGCUCACCCAGGGGACCGGUUCAGAGGACGACAGCACUGCGCCCUCAGAAGCUCCGUCAACAUCUGCCUCGUUAGCUUCACCCCUCGCCAUGAGGGCGAAGCCUUCUCCCCAGGUGGGGUACCAUGCGCACUCCAACAGCGUCGAGAGUCAUCCUCCGCCACCAUACUCGCCGGGAUUGUCGUCCCCUCCUUUGACGAGCCCCAAGCCCGGGUCUCUGGCCGCCGCAGCUGCUGCCAAGGCCAAGCCUCCACCACCGAAGCCCAAGCCCAGCAGGCUGAGUGGUGCUCCGACUACUGUGGAGACGGUGACAGCCCUUUACGACUACUCCGCGCAGGCGGAAGGCGAUUUGAGCUUCCGGGCUGGGGACGUCAUCGAGAUUGUGAGCAGGACGCAGAACGAUAACGAGUGGUGGACUGGCAAGCUGCAUGGCAAGUCUGGGCAAUUUCCAGGCAACUAUGUCAAGCUCAACUGAGCAGCCACGCACUGUCACAGUUCUUGAGGCACCUGGCCGCGUUGGCCUCAUGUAGGAGAAACACGUGCGUCGCACAUUGGGAGACGAUGGGGCUCUAGAUCGGUCGUUUACCUGGAGUAGAAAGGUUUUAGCAUACAGGGUCUCGCGGAUACCCAUAUGGACAGUGUUUUUUUAUCGAAAGGGGUCCCUGAAUUUGGCGUUGGCAAGGAUGAUAAGGAGUGUCUAUUCCUGUUUGUACUUGCCUAAUGUAUGUGUAUUUUCUUUAGAUCUGGGAGAGAGUUGAGUGGUAGGCUGGAUCUGGCAGAUGGGACGAGACUCUGGGCUCAGUCUAUCGCCUCGAUCCGAAGAAAGGCACUACUACUAUCAUCAAACCACUCUCCAAAGUUACCGGUCCAGUGCGAAGUAGAGUUUUGAAACAGUCACACUACUAC